AUGGCUUCUGUUGUUGUAAUGCUCAAUGCAAGUUCUUUCACUUUACCUCGACCUUCAGAACCAGGUUUUCACUCAGGGGAUGGAGAAUCAUCAACGCCAAGAGACAACCACACAAGUAGUGUUGCUUCACUGAACAGUGUUACAAUCACUGAGUUAGAUCCUCGUGAACUAGUGUGUAACUAUAUCGCUCUAUAG